AUGCUGAUCGCGCACCGCUUGUCCACAGUCAUGAGCUCCGACAAGAUUGUCGUCAUGGACAAGGGAGUUGUGGUCGAGCAGGGCACGCAUGAGGAGCUGCUGAAGAACCAGAACAUCUAUGCAGGGCUGGUGCAGAGGCAGCUGGCUAAGCAGGCCAACACCGUCUCCGAAGCCGCAGAGGAGGAGGCUUCCGUUACCGAGCCGGAACCCAGCCGUGGGAAGGGCUGGAAGGGAAAGAUGGCGGAACUCGACACGGAGGGUUUCAAGGCGAAGGGCAAGGGUAAGAGGAAAGGAAAGAACGGCCGUGGCGACGCCGCAGAAGGCCUGCAGGAAGUUUCUGUUCGAGGUGUAACUGCCAAGGGCCUACCGCCAAUGUCUAGGACGGUCUGCAAGUACUGCAACCUCACCGUUUCCCAGAAUGUUCUUCCGAGCAGCCUCAAGAAGGGCAAUGUUUUGACUUGUCGAUAUGACUUUCCGCUGGCCCACCAGGAGUGCGUCGAUUGGGCCCAGGAUCUGCGGCACAGCGCAAUCGCCACGGUCUCGUCUGGGUCGCAGGCCGCCCUCUCGAGCACACGGUCGCGGGCGAGAUCAAGGCCUACUCCCGCCACCGCCCAGGCUCCUCGUCGCCCGGGAGGGGAGCGGCCCCCCCCUGCGCUUCAGAGUGCGAAGUCUGCUGCCGACCUACGGCGCCCAGGAAGUCUGGCGACAGGAGCCAGAUGUUUGGCGACCGGCGCCUUGCGCUGA